GCAAUGCCAGCAUUGGGUUCAGCGAAUGUUCAUGUUCGCAUGCCGCGAAGUGCAGCUGCUUGUCCUUCUUUGUGAACAGGACAGAACAGCUGAAAGGGCACACGAGGAAACAGAAACAUCUGCGAAGUCAAGAUGGACGGGUUCAAUGAGGAGAUUUUAGUGGAGAAGCUGUCCAAGCUGAACAAUUCGCAGACGAGCAUUGAGACUCUCUCUCACUGGUGCUGCUUCCACCGGGCCAAGCGGUCCAAGCAGGUGGUGCAGAUAUGGGGUCAGGAGUUCACUCGAGCUCCCACGGAGCGCAAGGUCACUCUGCUGUACUUGGCAAACGACAUCCUCCAGAACAGCCGCAAGAAGGGCCCCGAGUUCGUCAACGAGUUCUGGACCGUGCUGCCCCCACUACUGACGGACAAGAAAAACAAUGGCGACCAGGCUCUACAGCAAGCUGUGGCACGUCUGGCCAAGAUUUGGGAUGAGCGGAAAGUGUUUGGAAGCAAGGGGGCCACCCUCCUCCAGAUUGUGAGCCCGCGGGGGGUGUCGGGAGCCGCGCCUGCACUCAGCAGGUCUCCCAGUAUCAAGAGCAUAGCGGGGCCUGCAUACGCUGCGCUAAUCACGUGCCUGAAGGCGGUGCACGACGCAUCCGAGGAGGAGAAGCAGGCCCUUGAAGAGAGCCGCGCAGCCACCCGCAUUGCCAGGGACUUGCAACAGCAGGCGGAGGCGGCCGCUGUAGCGGGGCGUCCGCCGACGCCGUCUCUCUGGUCGGACCUUCGGACACAGCAGGCCGCCCUGGGCCGCAGCACGGACCGGCUCCGGGCCUUUGAAACGAAGCGCACCAACACGAUCACGCUGCUUUCAGAGGCGCUUCGAAAGCAGGAAACUGAGCGGACCGCUCUUCGGGACGAAGUGAAGGCUGCCGCCGCAUGUACCCAGCAAGCGGAGCAACUACGAAGCCGGCUUGAGGCUGGCAGCGCCGCGGCGCCGAACCCAAGCGCCCGGGAGGACCCCCCGGGCACUCACGAGCCACAGAUGUACUCCCCUACCCAAGCUGGAAUGACCGGGAAUUUCCCCCCCGGUUACACAGCGACCCCUCCAGCCCAGUACGCGCCUCCCCCGCCUGAGCCUUACCAGUCAGAGCCUCUACCGUACCAGUCUUUCCACGCCCCGGGUGUAAGCGAAGCUCCCCCGGGGGGGCAAGACGUGUCGGCCGCAGACUUCGCGGCGAGCCUCGCGGCGAUCGAGAACCCCGCGGACUUGCUGCAAGCGUUCUCGUCGCUGAGUCAGGAGGGGCUGGCAACGCUGGGUAAUUUCGCGGCGUUUCAGGAAGGUGUUAAGAGGCAGAGGGUCGAGGGGCCGCCGCAGCCAGGGCACUAUGCUCCGCCUGGAGCCCAGGUUGCGAACGAACUAGGGGCGGGGCAUUUGCAGGGACCUCCUCCGGUCUGGCACCAGUCGCAGGAGGUACAUAACUACGGUAUGCCGCAGUACCAACAGCAUCAAUAGGAUGUGGGCGUAAGCAAGGGUUUCAACAUCUGAGGUGAAGCAUUGGAAGAGGACUGAUGUUCAAACACAAUCGCAAGCUUUGUAAUACUUCGCUGUUUACAUCUAAGGUUUUUAGUUCAUCCGCUUAAAACUCCUUUCAACCCAUGAUGGUCUUGGCAAAGGGCAUGCUUUGCAUCAUAAGACCCGCCUUGCCACCGCCUUGCCUGAGUGAGAGCGCCAGUAGCGAUAGGAGGCCGUUACCGACUAGACACAUCAGAAGCUCUGACAGAUGGUAUUGCCACAACGACCUUCUGCAUCCUCAAACUGGGAACAAGAGUAUUUGACAUGUUGACCUGGCC